AUGCUGCCAACUAUGCUGCCUUAUGGCACUAUGUCAGCUUUCCAUCCAACUAAGCUAGAGGCUACUCAAUACACUCGCGAAUCCAUGUCUCCCAACCUACCAGAGCUUGUCUCUUCCCUUGAAAAUUUGACAGCAAUGGACGCCUCUCAAUACCGUUUGAAUGAUAUAGCAGAUGACUUUUCCACUACCAUGCCUUUCUCUCCCGACAACACAUGUACUGGAUUUGAUUUUAGUGAUUUCUCGCAGUUUCAGACAAUGGAACGCGCUCAAUUCCCAAGUGAUAAUGACCUGAUGGGCACACAAUAUGUUAAUGGCAUUGGAUCUAGCUUCAUUGUCGAUGAGUAUGCUGCCCAUGGCGAGAUGGAUCCGAAAUCCAACCACCAACUCCACAGAGAUAUCAAAUCCGAUUCUACAGCGGGAUUCCCUGCCGAGAAUCCAAGCUGUGACAAUAAAAAGUCUCGAAAAGGAUCCUUUCAUCUUGAGGAGUGUGAAAAGAGGUGA